GCUGCUCUAUCUCUCCCAUCCGCACACCACGUGACCCAGUUCCCGUGUCCUUCAGCAGUUCAUUCAGCAUGAUGGCUGCGGAUGCUGUGGAUGCUCUCUGCUGCAUCCUGCAUCCGCGCCGGCUCUCUCUCCUCUUCCUCACCGUCACCGUCUCCUCCCUGCCGGCUCCCGCGGCAGCGCUGCUCGGCGUCCGGCCGGAGGACACCCAGAGCGGGGAGCUGUCCGUGCAGGAUGGGAUACUGAAGGCGACCGAGGGGACCCGCUUCCUGCUGAGGGUUUACUACUCCGCAUCCCUCGCUGCGGAGCAUCACAACAUCCUGAGCACCGCCGCUCCUGCCGCUCCGUGGAUCGCGUUUAUAGAGGAACCAGGCGAGGACAGCCAGGACCCGGAGAGGCGGCUCCGGUCCAGAGGAAAUCCGUGCGAAGAGGAGAACGCACGGAGCUCUGACAUCGAGCUGCUGGGCUCUUUCAGAUCCGCCUCAAGUCAUAACUCAGUUUUGGUGGAGCUGCUCGCUAAAGACCUGCGCAGAGGCGAGGCGAUCAAAUACUACUCCAUGUGCGCCUUCGAUGGAGUCAAAUGGGAGCAUUACAGCACCAAAGACUUCUGGCUGGCGGUAGUCGAGAGACCCCCAGAGGCAGACGUAUGGCUCCAAGCGGGGGUCUCGGUGCUCCUGUUGGGACUGUCUGCGCUCUGCAGCGGGCUGAACAUCAGCAUGCUGGCCCUGGACCCCGUGGAGCUGCGGGUCCUGCAGAACAGUGGCACCGAGCGGGAGCAGAAAUACGCACGGAAAAUAGAGUCGGUGCGUAAACACGGGAACUACAUCCUUUGUACCGUGGUGCUGGGCAACGUGCUGACAAAUACAUGCUUCGUGGUGUGGAUGUGCCAGAUUUUAGGAAUGACCGCCCUCUCCACUGCCUCGUGCACUCUGGGGAUAUUCUUCAUCGGGGAGAUUUUACCUCACUCCGUGGCCUCCAGGCACAGCCUCGCCAUCGCCUCCAAGACCCUCUGCGCCACCCGCCUGCUGAUGCUGGUGUUCUUCCCCAUCGCCUACCCGGUCUCCAAGAUUCUGGACAUCAUGCUGCACCAAGAGAUCAGCAGCUUCUACACCAGGGAGAAGUUGGUGGCCAUGCUGCGCGUCACAGACCCGUACCACGACCUGGUCAAAGAGGAGCUCAACAUCAUCCAGGGCGCCCUGGAGCUGAGGACCAAGACCGUGGAGGACGUGCUGACCCCGCUGUCAGACUGCUACAUGCUGUCCUCGGACGCCGUGCUGGACUUCUGCACCAUGUCGGACGUGAUGCAGAGCGGCUUCACGCGGAUCCCGGUGUACGAGAACGAGAGGUCCAACAUCGUGGACAUCCUGUUCGUCAAAGACUUGGCCUUCGUGGAUCCCGACGACUGCACUCCACUGAAGACAAUCACUCAGUUUUACAAGCACCCCAUGCACUGCGUGUUCAAUGACACCAAGCUGGAUGUGAUGCUGGAGGAGUUUAAAAGAGGAAAGUCCCACCUGGCUGUGGUGCAGAGGGUGAACAGCGAAGGCGAGGGAGACCCCUUCUACGAAGUGAUGGGCAUCGUCACCCUGGAGGACGUGAUCGAGGAGAUCAUCAAGUCUGAGAUUGUGGAUGAGACGGACCUGUACACUGAUAAUCGCAACAAACGGAGAGUAUCCAACCAUGAGAGGAAGCAGCAGGAUUUUUCAAUCUUCAAACUGGGAGAAAAUGAGCUGAAGGUGAAGAUUUCACCGCAGCUGCUGCUCGCAACACACCGCUUCUUGGCUACAGAGGUGGAGCCUUUCAGGCCGUGUCACCUGUCAGAGAAGAUCCUGCUGCGUCUCAUCAAGCAUCCCAGCGUUGUGCAGGAGCUCAAGUUCAACCCCAAGAACAAACAUUCUCCUCAACACUACCUCUUUCAAAGAAACAAACCUGUCGACUACUUUGUCCUCAUUCUGCAGGGACGGGUGGAGGUAGAGAUAGGCAAGGAGGCUCUUCGCUUCGAAAAUGGAGCGUUUUCCCAUUAUGGCAUGCCAGCACUCAUCCCGCCCCUGCCUAUUGGUCAGAGGUAUAGCUCCCGGGGCAGUGGUCUGAACCAAUCAGAUUUAUUGCUGAGUGGCGGCAGCGUGGGUCAGCUCUCUGCAGGAGGAGGGGUCUACUUACCAGACUACUCGGUCCGACAGCUCACAGACCUGCAGAUCAUCAAGAUCACUAGAAACCACUACCAGAACGCCCUGAUGGCCACCAGGAUGGACAGCUCCCCUCAGACACCAGACCCAGUGGACCCUGAUGCCAAAGGGAGGCCCCCGGUCCCAGAGGCCCGCUCACACAGCAUCGCCCUCCCCCUCACGCACACACACACUCGACUGGGGCUGGCACGCCUUGCACAUCUCCAUCCCCACGGUGGCCUUCACAACACCUGCCGGCUCAACGAGAGAAACCGUAUCGUUCGCAGUAAAUCUGACGGGCAGAGGAGCCCCAACGAUACUGUGUUCCUCCGCAUGGAUGAGAUUCCCUACAUCCACGAGGACCGACCGGAGAGUCAUGGAGAGGAUGAUGUGCCUGAGUCUCAGCCGUCCACCUCCCCCUUCAUCAGCUCCCUGUCUCUGUCCAGCUCCGAGGAGAACAUCGGCAAGAAGAUCCUGCGCAAACUGAGCAACAAGCGGAGGAAAAAGUCCCGUGACGGAGAAAAGAGUUUGGAGGAGGGUUCAGAGCAGCUGCCCGUGACGAGCUAGCACAGUGACACCAAGGACGAGGGGUGAAGCACACGCCUUCUUCCUCCUCCCCGGCCACUGGUUUCCCCUCCUGAACAGCCGACCCUUCCCUCCGUUCUCCGACACAACUCUCACAGGAGACUGAGCCAUCUUACAUGUUCGUAGCCACCAGUAUUUUUUCUCAGGUCCCCACCGGCAACUCUGUCCCACCUCUGCCCGACGUCACACCCUUAAAGGGACUCUUAAGUGGGAUGCAUCUGGGAAAAAAACAAACAAAAAAAAAAAAAAAACAAUACUUGAUUGGACCAAUUUAAACAACGUAGUAUUGGAUUUAUCCAGCCUUACACUGGACUGUGUGGAUCUCAGCAGGUUUUCAGCACAUUUUGUAGACAGGAAAACCUUGUCCAUGUCAGCGUUUUAUAGCAGCUCCAUCCAUGUUAACAUUGAAUCACUGGAUGCUACUCAAUCUUUCAGCAAGGUCCUUAGAUUAUAUCUGAGCCAGCUAAGAACCUUUUACUUGAUCUUACGCUGAAUACAAGCGUGUUUAUUCUUUAUUUGUUAUUAUGAGGCCGUUCCCACGUAUUGAAAACGUUCAUUUGCACAGGGAACCGCCCUAGUGUUGCCAUGGGGGUGCCAUCUACUGCCAACACAACCCGACACACUAGAGAAAAAGCCACGAGACAAGAGCACAAUUUUUACGGCAGAUUCAACAAAAAAGCCAUAAACGAUUUCCAGCUGGAAGAACUGCUUAUCUGUGCACCGAGCUGCAUUCCUGUGCACGAAUUAACACAAUUUCUUACCUGGUUUUUGUAUGGAUGCGUCCGAAUUACCAAAAGUAAUUUGAAGAUAGCAAUAUAAGUCAUCUUGCUGUACUGUUACUGGCUUGAAUUUAUCACCUCAACCCCCCCCCGCCCGUACAGCAGAUGCAUCAUGAGUCCUACAUAGUCGGUUUGGUAUGUCUCAUCCCAUUUAAACAUCCCUUCUCUCUGCAUGUAGCUGUACGGGAACAGCCAGAAACACCGUCUCUUAUCCAUCUUUUCUCUCUUUUUCAAAAAUCAUUAGCCUGUCGUGUGUUUGCUUUCCAUAGAAUGCGUCGGCACGAUCAACUUCACACCAUUAGCGACCUCAUAGGACACAUUUCUGUGUACCGCUCAUCUCUCACAGGGUCAGUCACUGAAGCUGCAGACACCAAUUAUAAAUAAGCUAGGGGGUUCUAGGGGGUCCUGGGGGGUUGUGGGAUCUUCAGGGGUUUAGAGAUCCAAAUGGAUAUUAUAUGAGUAUUCUCGAGGAAGAGUAGUUGCUACUUGCAUGUUCCUUUAUGCUGCUUUCGCUGUAGAAUUACCUCUGUAGAAAGCCCUGUGUUUUCAUAUGCAUGCUUUAGCUAAAAGGAUGCAUGACUCGGAUUAUACCAAUCUGCAGCCUCGCCACGGAGGUGCAGUGUGUGACUUACAGACAUCUUAAGCGACUGUAGAUUUUAAAAUGAAUCAGCGGACCAAAGUUCUAAUCGCUGAAGUAAAAAAGAUACAGGUACGAUGGACCACAGUCGCACGGUGGCCCUUUUCCUCUGAUAUGACGCUCAGGGCGGGAAGAUCAAGUGUUGUGCUGCUGUGUGGCAUUUUUCAUGUCAGAUGAACAAAGGGGAUCUGACAAAUGGUUAGCAUUUCACUGCUUCCUGGUGGUCAGCAAGUCAAAAGACAUCUGUAUCUUUGUCAGAUGGCAGCAGGGUGAACAGACUGUGGCUAUGGUGGCUGUUGGCGUCCUUUGGGCUCUGUGCAGACUCACCUUAAAUCACUGAUGCUCAGUAGAUGGGUGACAGUGAUGCUCUGUUUGAAUAUCUUCAACUUUCUAUCUAAUAUUUAUGACUUUAUAUUUCAGAAUUUGGAUUUUUUUAAUCUCAUAAUUUUGAUUUUUCUUAUAUUUAUGACUUUUUAUCUAAUAAUUUGUGUUUUGAUCUCAUAAUUUUGACAUUUUGUAUCUUGUGAUUCUUUGUAAUCCAAUAAUUUUAACUUUUUAUAGCUUUAAUUUUUCUUUUUUGACCUCAUAGUUUUGACUUUUUAUAUUAUAAUUAUGAUUGUUCAUUUCAUAAUUUCAAAUUUGAUGUCAUAUUUGACUUUUUAUCAUAAUUAUGACUCCCCAUGGGAAUCUUCUUUUUCUUAUUUACUUUUCUUUUUCUUUAACUGGCAGAAGUGGGAUCCCACACUGACCAAUCAGGAAAUGGUGAGAUUAUAAUGUUCUGUUUGAUUCCCCACAUUCACAUGACUUCUAACCUGGAACAUAUCAACAGCAAAUGUGAGUUUCCCACCCUGAGCACGAUGUCAGAGGAGAAUGGCCAUCCUGCGAAUAUUGUCUAGUAUACUGCAGUAAUGUGAGUAUAGCAAGGAAGAAUAAAACAACAAGGCUGUGAUUCUCAUUAAAGGCAAUAUUCAUGUUUAGCUGAUGCACAUCAGCAGAGAGGGUCAAAGGUCACUGUAUCUGCUAAGGAAGGCUGAGGAGGCCACACAAUGCUGCUCACUGAGGGAAGAUUUUAAGCCAUUCUUUCUUAAAAAACAUCUAUUGCUGCAAUAAAAAAAAGAAUGAUUUGAUCAUUUCUGGUUGGCAGCUCAGGUUGGACUGCGCCGUGCUGCAUUGUGACAACUUGGCAGGUACGCUGCAGCACAGAGCAGAGAGAUAUGAAAGAGGAGAGCAAUAUGACGCACGCUGACGUCAAGCCACCGCCUCUCUUCAGACACACACACAUACACACACAGGUGGUGUAUGGGGACACGCGGUGAUAUAAUUCAUUCUGCCUGGUAAGGCUACUGAAGUACAAAGGAUACUGCACUGCUAAGCUUUUCACAUUGACCCCUCUAUGUACACAGCACACACAACGGGAAGUCUUUUGAUCUGACAACUGCCUCUGAGUGAAUGGAUUUGUGUGACUCAGAAACGCUCUCAGCUGAUGGCUUUGAGAGAUUUUGCAGUUUUGCGUAUUUCUAAGGGUUGGUAUACUGUUUGGGGUACAGGUACAGGUGCAUUUUGUAAUGUAAAAAUCAGAUGAUUAUAUAAGCUACCCAAAGAUAUCAAGAGACAGAGCAUAUGAUCUACACAAGGGAUGAUUAAAUUAUUAAUAAAUUGACUGAACUAUU